ACUUUCCCACUUCGUUUCUAAAAAUGGAGGCUUUCCUAUAAGCCUCUGUGUCUCUCCCCCAUAAACUUUCAUAAACAGAAAAAAAUCUCCCACCCAAAUUCUUAGAUUUCAAUCCUUUCUUUAAAAUUUUCAAAUCCCAACUUCCAAAGCGUAUAAGCAUGCUGUUGAGAACUAAUUCAACCCCAAUUCUCAAUUCUUGGCUUCACCAAUUCAAAUCCUCCCCUUCAGAAUCCAACCAAAUCCACCAUCUUCAAAGAACCAAAUCCAUCUCCUUAAUAUCGUCUUUUCACCUUCCUCCACCAUCUGUUUCGACUGAAUCGUCCAACAGAGUAACCCAAAACUUGUUAGAAUCAGAUUCCACAGAUCCCAGAAAGAAGAUUCCAAUAACCAAAAGUUCUAAAGUUAAAGUGAAAUCCAGGGAGAAUGGAGUCUCAGUUCGAGAUCAACAUCUCAAACCCACAUCAGAUUCCUCUUCAUCUUCGAUUCAUGGAGUUUUUUUAAAUUCUGGGUUGGGUCUGAAAUUCCCAAACGAUGAGGUUUGUGAUGAGAAGAGGGAUGCAUGUAUUCUGCAAACGCUGGUGGUUGGCGGUGGAAUGGGGAACGACGGCGGGCGGGUGUGCGGCGGCAGCGGAAGAGGUUCAGACGGCGGAGGUGGAGGGGAUAAUGGUAGGUCAGGGUUUAACAAUCACCAUGGAAGCAAUAGCACCGAUGCUUAUUAUCAGAAGAUGAUUGAAGCGAAUCCUAACAAUGCUCUUCUACUUGGAAAUUAUGCCAAGUUCUUGAAAGAGGUUCAUGGAGAUUUUUCCAAAGCAGAGGAGUUUUGUGGAAGAGCAAUUCUGGCUGAUCCAAAUGAUGCAAGUGUUUUGUCGCUUUAUGCUGAUCUAAUUUGGCAUACACAGAGAGAUGCUCGACGAGCUGAGACUUAUUUUGAUCAAGCUGUUAAAAGUGCGCCAGAUGAUUGCUAUCUGCUAGCGUCAUAUGCACGGUUUCUCUGGGAUACCGAUGUCGACAACGAAGACGAUACGGAAGACCAGUAUGAAACAGAGGAAAGUCACCCGUUGCAUCCCGGUUUCUCUCAUGGAGCUCCUCACCAUUCUCCUUUGGCUGCAACUUCGUAAUCUCUUCAAAUAUGUAACACACUUCUUGCCACUGUAAGAUAACUUGAAUAAAGCAUCAGCUCAUUACCACGUUUUUGCUGUUAGUAUAUAACAUAUGUAAUUUUAGCAGAACGGAUAUGAUUUUCUAACUGUAACCCUUUUCAUAACAUAUAUGUCUAUGUAAAAAGUUCACUAAUAAAGCCUCCUUGCCCUUUUCCUAC